UCAUCCCGGAAACGAAAAACUGAAAACUUACAAUCUUCGAAUGAAAGAGACAAUUCUAUUUCCAAGGUUUUGUUUCACCUUCGAGCUCAUUCUCCUCAAAAUGUGUACAAACAAGGUGGACCCCGUUUGCUGAUUGGACGUGAAUCGGGUCUCCGUCGCCCGAGGCGCCACUUCCUACUGCUUCACCGAUGGACCGGGAGUUUGUGCUAAAUUAAACCGGAACAGUAGGCCGGAUGCUGCCAGGGAUAUGUCGGCCUACACACAAAACAAACACGAUGAGUAUACUUUUCCUAAAAUUUUGACAGAGCAUCUUCCGUUUCCGGUGGACAAAGCAAAACGAGUUACCAGCCGUUCCAGCUUACCGUUAAACUGUUUACAAACAAACCAAUCAGUCUCGUGAAUCCAGCAUGGAACGACGGCCACGAAAACCUGCUCCGGCACUCGGCCCCAUCGGGAAACGCGGCCGAGGUCGGCCGAAAAAGGUCAAGGUGAGGAAACCCCCGCCGGAGUUCCCCACCUUCAGGAUUCCCCAGUCCAAGCUGGACAACGCGAGGCGCUUCCUGGCCACCGAUCCGGACCCGCUGGUUGACCGGGGCUGCUACGGAGACAUCACCACCCGGCUCAACUCGACCAUCCCGUUGCGCAGCGUCAACAAUCUGGGGCCGACGAUGGACAUGGCACGCUUCUGUGCCGUCCGCGGCCUUUGGCCCGAACUGAUGCAAACGGUGGCCAUCCAGUGCGAGCACCCGCGGGCGUACGAAACGGCGGCGGUCAUUCGGAACGCCCUUUACACGAUUCUGGCCGAUCCCAACCUGGCGGAGCCGUCUUUUCUGCGUUCGUUCCUGUUGACGAAUCCGGCCUGCAGAAACGAGACCGAUGUCGAUUACUGUAUCGAGCGAAUCCUUGAAGUCUAUCAGGGGGUCGCCUUGAUCCCUAAAUGGGCACUGCGGUCCAAGCACUCGAGAGGUGAAAAAGGAAACGAUGAAACGGCUACAGACAAAGAUUGAUUUAAUCUUCGAUUAUUAUACGUUUUUAUUAAAUCUUGGAAAAAUUA